UUACAAUUACAUUCUUUAUAUAUGCGAUUCAUGAGAGACCGAAUGGCGAGGGACACAAUGUUCAUGCGACGCUGACAUACACUCACUUCGGCCUCCGCGGCCACAUCGACUCGCAAUGCCUGUUCGAAGAAAGGAAGGGCCCCGCCGUUUUGGCAAAGGUCCAGUCAACCAGCGCAUAACGAAGACGAGGACCAUUGGUGCUUCAGAGCUCCGCAGCUCGGAAACCACAAAUCAGAAUGAGCGUCUUGAGGCAACGCGGUUGGCAAACAGUAUUGACGAGAGUCAAGGCUUCGAACGAUUUGAAGCCGGCAAGCCCAGAGUGGGAUGGCUUAUGAACAUGCAUUCCACUACGCUUGAAGAUGCCAAAGUUCCGGGUGGACGAGCGGCAGUGGACUUCUACUUCAUCGGGGAGGAUGGACAAGGGAGGUUCAAGGCGAGCGUGGAGUAUGAUCCGUACUUCUUGCUUGCGGUCAAAAAGGGCAAGGAGCCGGAGGUGGAGGAGUGGGUCAGAAGGACGUUCGAAGGUUCGGUCAAGAACGUGAAGAGAGUCGAGAAGGAGGAUCUGAAGAUGCCAAAUCAUCUGCUUGGCUAUCGAAGAACGUUCUUGAGGCUGGCCUUUGCGAAUGUGAACGAUCUCUUAUCUGUACGGAAGGUGGUGCUACCGAUUGCGGAGAAGAAUCGAAGCAAUGUUAGCCCAAUGGAUACGUAUGCGGAAGUGGCGAGCGCAAACGCUGGGUUCGACUUGUUUGAUGAAGCUCAUCUGGAUGAUCGAAGACCGACUACGCUGGCCGAUGCCUCAGACUUUAUACUCGAUAUUCGAGAGUACGACGUACCCUACCAUGUCCGCGUAGCUGUUGAUCUCGACGUUCGAGUGGGCAAAUGGUACACAGUCGAAGCGAAGCAUGGCCACGUCUCUGUCUCCUGCAUCGAAGAACGCCUAACCCGUGCCGAUCCGAUCGUGAUGGCCUUCGACAUCGAAACGACAAAGCUCCCGCUCAAGUUCCCGGAUGCAAGCAUCGAUCAGGUCAUGAUGAUCUCGUACAUGAUUGACGGCCAAGGUUUCCUGAUCACGAAUCGAGAGAUUGUAAGCGAAGAUAUUCAGGACUUUGACUACACGCCUAAGCCAGAGUUCGAUGGGCCCUUCUUAAUCUUCAACGAGCCAAACGAAGAGGCUGUGCUAGAGCGGUUCUUCGACUGUAUCAAAGAAGCGCGACCGACCAUUAUUGCCACCUAUAACGGUGACUUCUUCGACUGGCCGUUUGUGGAGGCGAGAGCGAGCGUCCAUGGCAUCGACAUGUACCAGGAGAUCGGCUUCCGGAAGAACAACGACGACGUCUACCAAUCUACACAUUGCGCCCAUAUGGACGCUUUCGCAUGGGUCAACAGAGACUCUUAUCUCCCUCAAGGCUCGCGAGGUUUGAAGGCUGUUACCGUGGCAAAGCUAGGCUAUGAUCCGGACGAGCUGGAUCCGGAGCUCAUGACACCGUAUGCCGCUGAGCGACCUCAGGUGCUAGCUGAGUACUCAGUUUCUGAUGCUGUAGCGACGUAUUACCUCUACAUGAAGUACGUGCAUCCAUUCAUCUUCUCGCUUUGCACCAUCAUUCCGCUUGGACCGGACGAUGUGCUGCGGAAGGGAACCGGUACGCUCUGUGAGAUGCUGCUCUGCGUGCAAGCGUACCAAAAGGAGAUCGUCCUGCCGAACAAGCAUGUCCAGCCUCGAGAGUCAUUCUGGGAAGGCCACUUGCUGGAAUCGGAGACCUAUGUUGGUGGGCAUGUGGAGAGUAUCGAAGCCGGUGUCUUCAGAUCCGACAUACCCUGCAAUUUCGCCAUCGAUACGACUGCGGUUGAUGAGCUUCUCAACGAUCUUGAUGCGGCGCUCAUCUUCUCCAUCACGGUUGAGGAAAAGAAGCAGAUGGAGGACAUCGCAAACUACGACGAGGUCAAGGCACAGAUCGCGGACCGACUCAACCAGCUGAAGAUCACGCCGAAUCGGCAGGAGAAGCCUUCAAUCUACCACUUGGACGUAGCAUCAAUGUACCCCAACAUCAUGACCACUAAUCGCCUGCAGCCCGACAGCAUGAUUGAUGAGUCCGCAUGCGCAGCCUGCGAUUUCAAUCGACCUGGUAAGACUUGCGACCGCCGCAUGCCGUGGUCCUGGCGUGGCGAGUUCUUGCCGGCGAAGAGAGACGAGUACAACAUGAUCCGGCACGCUCUCGAGAACGAAAAGUUUCCCGCAAAGAAUCCUAAUGGUCUUGCACGGGCGUUCCAGGACUUGAGUCUUGAUGAGCAGACAGGAAUGGUGAAGAAGCGGUUGACUGAUUAUAGCAAGAAAAUCUACCACAAGAUCCACGAUGCCCGGACUCUCGAACGGGAAGCCAUCAUCUGUCAACGCGAGAACCCAUUCUACGUUGACACAGUCGUCAAUUUCCGGGACCGAAGGUAUGAUUUCAAGGGCAAGCAGAAGGUAUGGAAGGGCAAGACGGCGGAGCUGGAGAAGGCGGGAGCCAGCCAAGGAGAAAUCGAGGAGGCGAAGAAGAUGGUCGUGCUCUUCGACUCGCUGCAGCUGGCGCACAAGGUCAUCCUCAACUCCUUUUAUGGGUACGUCAUGCGCAAAGGCUCAAGAUGGUACUCCAUGGAGAUGGCGGGCGUGACCUGCUUGACCGGCGCCAGGAUCAUCCAGAUGGCUCGUCAGCUUGUCGAGCGUGUCGGUCGGCCGCUGGAACUUGACACGGACGGUAUCUGGUGUAUUCUUCCAGCCACCUUCCCGGAGAACUUCGCUUUCACGCUGAAGAACGGGAAGAAGCUGACCAUUUCCUACCCCUGCGUUAUGCUCAAUCAUCUGGUGCAUGCACGCUUCACGAACCACCAAUACCAAACUCUUGCCGACCCGAACAUGUUCCGGUACGAAACGCAUUCUGAUAACACGAUCUUCUUCGAGGUCGAUGGACCGUACAAAGCCAUGAUCCUGCCGACCAGCAAGGAGGAAGACAAGAAUUUGAAGAAGCGGUAUGCGGUGUUCAAUCACGACGGCACGCUUGCCGAGCUGAAAGGCUUCGAAGUCAAGCGAAGAGGCGAGCUGAAACUCAUCAAGAUCUUCCAGCAACAGAUCUUCAAAUUUUUCCUCGAAGGAUCAACACUGACCGAGACGUACGCGGCCGUAGCGAAAGUGGCAGAUAAAUGGUUGGACGUCCUCCACAGCCAUGGUGCCACACUCGCCGAUGAAGACCUGAUCGAUCUUAUCUGCGAAAACAAGAGCAUGGCGAAAACGCUCGAAGAGUACGGCAGCCAGAAAAGUACGGCCAUCACCACAGCCAAGCGUCUUGCAGAGUUCCUAGGCGAGCAGAUGAUCAAAGACAAAGGCCUGAAUUGCAAGUACAUCAUUGCCUCUCGACCAAAGAACGCCCCUGUGACCGAUCGCGCCAUCCCCGUUGCCAUCUUUUCGGCAGAAGAGAGCAUUAAGCGCUUCUACCUGCGGAAGUGGAUGCGUGGUGACCCCAGCGACGAUAUGGACCCGCGGGACAUCAUUGACUGGGAGUACUACCUCGAACGGCUCGGCUCAGUCAUACAGAAGCUUAUCACUAUCCCUGCGGCCUUGCAGAAGGUGAAGAAUCCUGUACCUCGAGUGGCUCAUCCGGAUUGGCUGGAUCGACGUAUAAGGACGAAGGAGGACGUGAUGAAGCAAAAGAAGAUGACUGAUCUUUUCCAGAAAGCGCCGUUAGCGGAAAGGCAUCCCAACACGCUCACUCAGCGCCUAGGUGGAGGAGAUAUAGAGGACUUCGGUGCCACGCCUAUGUCGAAACUGAAGCCUGCGACCGCUGCGAGAAUCGUCAAAGCCCAGGCGCGGAAGCGGAAAGCGGUCGAGCCAGCACCUGCGACAGUGGACCCGUAUGACUCUCUCCCUGCAACUAUGCCCAGCAUUACUGAAGACUACAAAGGUUGGCUGAAGUAUCAGAAGAAGAAGUGGAAGAUUCAGAAAGCGGCUCGCAAACGCCGGCGUCAACUCUUCGGAGAGAAGCGUGGAGAUGCCACCGAUGCCAUUGGUACCUUCUUCCGCCAGCAGGCAGAGCUGGUCUACACCAGUGACUGGCAAAUCCUGCAACUUCGAGAGACAGAGACGCCUGGCGAGGUUCGAGCCUUUGUCUUGAUCGACAAGAAGGUUCACCAUCUGAAAGUCAUAGUGCCAAGGCAGGUGUUCCUGAACCUAAAAGAGGAUGAGCUGCCGGACGUUGAGGUUGAAGGCGUGAAGGCGGAGAAGGUGGUGAACUGGACACUGCCCAACGGUCAUCCGAGCAAACAUCUCUUCAAGUUGAGCAUGAGCGAGCACACCUACGUGCAAGAGGCGGCGAAACUGCGACGACUGUUCGAGCACCCGAGCGUGGAAGGAGUGUAUGAGCGUAAUGUCCCGCUCAACGUCCGCGCGAUGAUGGAGCUGGGCUGUGUCUGCACCUUCGACCAGAGCCAGCGUGGAGUCCUUGGCAGAGGGCUGGAGCAAGGCUUCGACCUGUCCACCCUCCGCACGGUGCCGCCUAAGCAGCCGUACAUGAGCACUGCUGCAUCCCUGAGUUAUCUUGCGCUGUACCACAUCAGCGCCGGCGAGCGGCAAAUAUACGCCCUCUUCUCGUCCAAGCGACCCGAAGCGAAGAUUGUGAUCCUCAAUCGAGCGCGCAGCGAGCAGAGCAUGCCAAAUGUCGACCGUAUCUACGAAGAGAUAAUAGCGCGAAAGCUCCAGGAAGCGGGUGGUGAGCCGUGGCAGAAGGUGGUCGAAUACCAAGACUUUCUGCACUUCAAAACCGUGCAGGUCACAACGCAGCGAAGAGCGCUGCAAGAACUAGGCGAUGCCAUCAAAAAGAUCCAGAAGGAGGAUUCGGGGCCAACAGUGUUGGUUCUGCAAUCAGGGAGCGCGCAGAUGCUCGCAAAUGACCUGCCGGUUCUGCAAAGCUAUCCUCUGCUGCAGCUGCAGCCAGAGGAGAACGACAAGGCGUUGCCGCCAUUGGGAUGGCAGUCGUUUGUCGCAAAACGCUUGGUGAGUCACUACCUAGAUCUGGGGACCUGGAUCUCGCAUCUCGUGGAAUUUGCUCGGUAUGGCAACGUGCCACUCUGCAACCUUGAGAAGGACGACCCACGGUUUCUGAUCGAUAUCACAUACGCUCGGCGGCUCCAGAAAGAGCGCGUUGUGCUGUGGUGGUCUCAGGGCGCUCGGCCUGACCACGCGGGUCACGAGAAGGACGACAUAUUAAGCUCGAUGGAGGUGGUUGACACGCCAGCGGUCAAUAACCCAGGCACCUACUCCUCGGUCUGCAUCGAUCUGAGCAUCAAGAACCUAGCCAUCAAUACCAUCUUGUCCGCGGCCGUGUUGAACGAUGUCGAAGACAGUGACCCCAUUGGUAUAUCGGGCGCCAGCGCCAAGGAAGACACGCUAGAAGACGCCACGCAGGUGGUUGCCUCCGAGAACGCUUUCGCUAGCGCAGGUAUCAACGCGCUGCGAGAGAUGCUGCGUGUUUGGUGGCAAGAAGCCUGCAACAACAAUUCCGGCAACACAAUGGCGGAUGUGCUCGUAAUGCACCUUGUUCGGUGGGUAGAAAGUCCGUCCUCCCACCUCUACGACCGGAAUCUGUUGUACUAUGUCCAAAUGAUGUCACGCAAGGCCUUCCAGCAGCUGAUGUCUGAGUUCCGGCGCGUCGGAUCGCAUGUCGUCUUCGCCAAUGCGGGCAGACUGCUGUUGCAAACGUCGAAGGCGGAGGUCGGAAACGCCUACGCUUACAGUCAGUACAUCCUUAAGAGCAUCGCAUCCAAGCCAGCCUUCCAUUUCCUGGACUUGGCCAUUACGGAGUACUGGGACUACCUGGUGUGGUAUGAUGAGUUCAACUAUGGCGGCAAAGGCUGCACCGAGGUGGUGGAGGUUGAGGAGCAACGGCUGGACACCAUUAUGCAUUGGCAGAUGGCCACCUUCUUGCCGCCGAUCCUUCAGCCGAACUUCAAUGCCUGGAUUGUGGAGUACAUUGAGCUGAUGCAUCAACGCAAGCGACCUGCAGGGGCUGUUAACGGUGUGCAGAGAACGACACAGCUGCCCAUGCAUGCUUCGGCACUCGACUCGGAAAAGGACGACCAAACGACGCCAGGCACCGUACUCGCCAAGACCUUCUCCAAGCCGCUGCAGAAGCAGAUUGCGCAGCUUAUACGGCGCCAGCGAACAGAGUCUCUGCACGAAGAUCUCGCGGGGGACUGGCGCUUCCCGGCAAUGCCAGGCUCGCAUUUGAACCUACAGAAUCCGGUCCUCGAGCUCGUGAAGAGCAUUAUGCAAGUCCUCAGCCUAGACAAGACCAUCACGCUCGAGGCACGACUGCUGCGCAAAGAGCUGCUCCACCUGUUCGAGAUCCGCGAAUUCAGCGCUGAAGGCUCCUUCGCGAAUCCGAGUACAAGUCUCACACUCAAACAGCUGAGCUGUGCCGAGUGCACCAUCCCUCGCGACAUCGACCUUUGCCGUGAUAGCGACCUCAGCCACACGGAUGAUCUACAGCGGACUCUGGUUGCCAAAUGCAGCAACUGCGGCGCCACGUUCGACCGGCUGGCCAUCGAGGAGAGACUGCUGGCAGAUGUGCAGAAGGUUGUCUUGCAGUGGAUGACUCAAGAUCUAAAGUGUAAGAAGUGUGCCAGGAUACGGAGCAAUGAGUUCAUGGACCAUUGUGCUUGUGCGGGCGAGUGGACGACAAGCAUGAAGAGGGAUGAUGUGGUAAGGCUUUUGCGAGUGCAUGAGAAGGUGGCUACGUUUUACGGGUUGAGGAUGCUGGAUGGUGUCUUGACAGGUGUUAUGGCUGGGCUAUGAUGGGUUUGUUGAGAGGUGCACAGCGAAGGCGUUGGAUGUGGGCUGUUCAUGACUGUAACGUGGUUGUAUAGAGCUGAGCGUUGCAUGUGACAGCGGUUUCACCCGGCGCUAACGCAGGGCUCGACGUCACUGGCCGAGAGCUGCAUGCGUCCCCUCUACAGAAGCAUAACAAUUAUUUCCCUUAACACUUUCGUGUACCCUUAUUAGCAACUACAGAACCGUCAACAACAUCUACGCAAUCGCAGCCAUGUCCGCACCGACCUUGAUCAACCUUCCACCACCGCCCUCAGACCCCGUCACGCCCUCCGAGGUACCGUAAGUAUUGCCCUACUCCCUCGCCUGCUUCACCAACUCACCAAACAAAUGCAGCUCCCGUAGCGGCACCCCCAACUCAACGACCACCUCCAUGUCCGAGCUAUCCACCGUC